CUACAAACAGGUCCCUCAUACACGCUGCUGAAAAGAUGCUUAAUGACACAUGUAUGGCUUAGACACGCCCUUACUUUUCUUACACAACUUCCAGCAAAGUUUUUUUUAGUAAACAACGAAAUCAAGACUUCAGGACUUUCCGUUUUUUCUUCAGCCAAACAGAGACGCGUGUUUUGGUGAUCUGGGGACCGGUUUACACGUCGGAAAGCACACACUUUUAACUAAUAUGUCGAAUAAAGAGAUACCAGAUUGUGAUCAAGAGAAUAAAAUAAAUCUGUUUAUUGUCUGGUUAUUGAUAGUGAGAUACAGUGGACUACAGACCGGCUGCCUGCUACCACGCAGUAACGCGCAAUAGCGGAACAGAGGAACGGCGGAACAGCCCAUUGUACACAGAUAAGUUUAGAACCAGAGAGAAAACACAACAAAACCUCACGGAAACAUCAUUUAUAAGCAAACACGUUUGUUUUCACAACACGAUUUUCGAGGUCCUGGAAAUAACAAGCAGGUUGUUUUGCGGUGGAACGGAGAUGAGGCAACAAACAGAAGAAACACAUUUCUCCAUAGGAGGCAAUGCUCCACCUACAGGGCUGCUGAUUAGUAAAAAUGGCAGCCAUGAAAACCCAGGAGCAGCGCACCAGCCCACUAAAAUCACCCAUUCAAUAUGAUGGCCGUCCUAUUGCACAGGCGAAGGCUAUUCAGUUUCGUAGCAUUGCACCUAAAGCUCCAACACUGGGUUCAUCCUCUGCAGUGAUCUCUAGCCAGCCACCUUCUAACCUCCCAGAGGCUUCUACAGCCGUCUGUCCCAAAUCCAUCUUAGUUCCUGCCCAAAACUAUGCACUUAUGCAGGUUGCUGGACAGGAGGGUACUUUCUCAUUGGUGGCUUUGCCUCAAACAUCACCACAAAAUCCAAUCCAAAAGAACCUGAAAUUGCCAAUUCCGAGGUAUCAGACAGUGAGAAGUCACAGAGCUUCAGAGAAAACUAGUAUUAAGAUGCAGAACUCGUCCAAGGUGGCCAAGCUUCCACAGGCAAAGUCUGCAGUAAAAACAAACUUGGGUGUUUCCAGUUCACCCGAGACACCGGAAUUGCCAUCUGAACAGAUUGUUGGGAUGGGCUCUGCUGCUUCAUCGGAAAUAUUGCUGCCAGACAAUACUGUCCUUGGCACAGGGUCACAGACAGAGCACGUUUUGAAGAGAAGUGUUGAUUCUCUGAGCAACUUCAGCUACUCCAGAACAGCCUCUGCAUCCACACUUGUUGCUCCUGUCAGUAACAGCAAAACCACAAAUACCCAGACAGAAGGUGCCUCUACAGGAAGUACUAUUACUGUUCUCUCCCCCACCAUCUUCAGUAAAGCUGUCCAGAUCAUCCCCUCUCCCCCGAAGGGCAAAAUCCCUAUUCUGCCUUAUGCCAAGGUGAAGAAUUCCCUCUUGCCUUCUACGGGUCUUGCCAACACCCAGUCCCCAGUGAAAGUCUCAUCAGUACAGGUUAAAAAUAUGCCAAAAAGAUCUCUGGACAUCAAAGUUAUGAACGCAGACAGCAGAACCAGGAGUGCAAAUACCACCCGUGGCAAGAAACCCACAGGCAAGAAGAGAGGGAGGAAAAAAAAAACUUUGGAAGACAUUCUGUACUUUGAGGCAAAGAGGAAGAGAUCUUUAUCAUUCUUCUCCAGGAGAGUACCAGAUAAACCACCACUUGGCACUCAGUUUUCAUCCUCACCAGAUAAUAUUGUGGACAUUUCGAAAAAGUAUCGCAGUAUUCGCCCAAAACCUAUUCUAAUAAUGGAAACUGUUCCUCAGCUUGUACCACUAGCAUCUCUCUCAAGUUCUAAGAACCAGAAACUUGUCAUGGGGCAGGAGAUAUCAGGAAAACCACUUAGUGCUGUCCAGCCAGGCUUAGCGUCCAUAUCACCCCCAGGGCAGCAAUCUGUAGCUGAAACUGGAGCUUCUGGAAGGUUUGCAUACGUGGGUAGCCGUGCACUCCAUCGUUGUACAACCUGCAGUAGGUGCUUUCAGUUCAAGCAUCACUUACAGAGUCACAUGAACAGCCACAGUAACCUGAGACCGUACGGGUGUCCGGUGUGUAGGAAAGCUUAUGCCCACUCAGGUAGCCUAAGCACACAUAUGAAGCUUCACCAUUCAGAGGGGAAGCCAAGGAAAAGCCUCCGUUGUGAGUUUUGUGAAAAGGUGUUUGGGUAUGUUGGUGUGUACUUCAGCCAUCUCCGAGAAGUGCACAGGGUUAUCCUUACUGUAGAGCCAUCCAUCCGUCAACAUGAGGAAAUCACAUACACAGAUGGGUGUCUAGACUCUGAUGACCAGACAUCAGAGCAGCAUGUUGAUCCUGUGGAGUUGCAAAUAAAAUGUGGCCGAUGCCAGGCGGUCACACCCACAUUUGCUGACAUGAAGCUACACUUGUUGUAUGUGCAUGGCGAGGAAGUCCAAGUCCGUCUAAAAGAGGGCGCCAUGCAUGAGGGACGAGAGGCUGAGAAUGAGCUGGUUAAGCAUGCAGCACACUAUUGGAGACAACUCAACGAGAGGCGCAACUUGGUUCGCUGUGGAAGUUGUGAUGAGGAGUUCUUCUCAUUCUCAAAGCUUGAGUGCCACCUGCAUGCCCACCACCAAGGGGCUAUGCUGAAUCAAGAGGAAGAACUGGAAUUAAAGAAAGAAGAUGAAGAGGAUUACAUCUCUGAGGGGUCUAUCAAGCACAUGACCUUUAGAGCAGGGUCACGCUUUAAUUGCAUUCUGUGCAGUGAGGUUUUGAACAGCAAGCAUGAAGUUCUGGAGCACUGGAGGGAGGUUCACAAGUGUGAAAACCCAGUCAUGCUGUGGGAGGUACUGGAUUCAAAGUGAGAGUACAUUUCUUCUUUUCACCCAGAGUAGCAUCCUAGCAUUUUCAUAGUUUUUCCUCAUUUCUUUGUAUUUCUGUUUUGCACUGUUUUGUUUUGAUAUUGAAUGGAAAAUUUGACUGGUUUCAUUUAAAAUGUUUUCUUUUUAUAUAAAUUGUAGACUUGUUUUUUGUCUUGUUUUUGCUUCUUUGUAAUGGACACAUGGUUCGGAGAGGAUCGAUUCACAUUCACAUUUAGAGGGGUCCAAAAACAUCAGACAUCAUUAUCGCAAAUUAUAUUAGCAACAACUUGAGUGAAUAGUAGAAACUUAGAAAUAGGUAAAUGAAUGCCAGAGAAAUUCUGAAUUUUGUGCAAACAAAUUAACCUGGUAAAAAUCAAAUUUGUUUAUAUUUAAACAGUGACCUAUAGGUAUUGUGUAACGUUGAAUAUUGAAUAAUCAAGAUUGCACAUUUGAUAUUUUUUAGAAUUUUCAAAAAAGUUUAAAUCUGGGGAAAGAAAAUAUAAAACUGCUUGCUAAUUGAGCUUGCUCAGAGCAUGUUUGGAAAUGCUUUCAAACCAAGAAAGCUCCAUGAAACUCAGAACUCCAUUCUAAUGAGGAAGGUCAGUUAAGGAGUAGUUUAACCAAAAUUGCAAUGCAUUGAAUAACUAGCAUGAUGCUAAUGGGCAGCUAGUUGAAUUAUCCCCUAAGCUUGUAGCCUUAAAAAAAAAAAGAAUAUCCAGACUGGAAAGCAGCUCAGAGUAAUAUGAAAUUGCUUAAAUGUAUCAUAGACUGUACAGUAUUGAUUGCGAAAUGGUGCUGGCAUGUUGUUGAUUUACCACUUUACAGACCUCUUUAUGCUUAUAGACAGCCUUCUUGACCUUCGUCCUGACUCUAGACUGAGCUCCAGUGCUGCCAGAUCUGCUGAGGACUUGGUCAAUGCAAUUCUUAGAGCUGCUUAUAUGUAUUACGUAAAAAAAAUAUAUAUAUAUAUUAAAAAAAAAUCCUAUUUUAUAUACAGUUUAUAUUGCAAGUGUCAGACAUUGUUUUUUAAACUGUAGUUAUAUUUAAAUAUUUUCUGUUUCGAGUAUCACAGGGUAACUGAAUGUACCUUAAAUGUUACAAAAUGUUAUGUACAUGUGAAGAAAUAGAUUCUGUCUCUCCCUCUUCCUCUCUCUCUCUCUCUCUCUCUCUCUCUCUGCGCGUGUGUGUGUGUGUGUGUGUGUGUGUGUGUGUGUGUGUGUGUAUAUACAGAGAGAGAGAGAGAUACAUGGAUAUAUUAAAGAUAGCUUAUAUAUUUGCAAAGAUGACAGUUAUGCUGCUGUUGUAUUUUGACUAUAGAGAAAAUACUUCUAUGCCACGUUGUACAUUCAGUAUACUUGUAUACUUGCAGCUCUUGCUACGUACUGUAACUGUAUUCCUCUUGCUACUUAUGAAACUUGUGGGUACAUUCUCUAGACACAGGUCAAGUCAAGCCCUGGAUUUGAAAUACAUUACAGCAUAGAAGGCACAUUGUGGUGCUGUGGAUGUUAUAUGCUUAAGUUGUAUUGCGAGAAGCUGCUCAGAUUUCUCACCAGCAUUCUCAAUCUUGAAAAGACUACAAUGCAUGAACGCAAUUGAGAGCUGUCUGUUUGUUAUCAGAUUGUUAGUAUGACAAUCUGGAGUUUAGAUUUAGAUAAUGAUUUGAGCUUAAGUGAAUGACCUCGUCAUGAUGAUUUCAUUGCGGAUUGUGACGAUGGUUCAUUCUCCAAAGAGCUACUGAUUAGAUGUUGAUGUAAGCUGAAAUAAAAAAAAUGUGCACAAAAACAUGUUUGAUGUCUAUAGGUGAUAAGAACGUGGUCUCUUCUUGUCCCCUGUGCUAAUUAGACAAGUUAUGUGACUUUAGCCUAACCUCUGUGUGUGUGUGUGUGUGUGUGUGUGUGCGUGCGUGUGUGUGUGCGUGUGUGUGUGCGUGUGUGUGUGCGUGUGUGUGUGCGUGUGCGUGUGCGUGUGCGUGUGCGCGUGCGCGUGCGUGUGUGUGUGCGUGUGUGUGUGCAUGUGUGCGUGCACUUGUGUUCUAAACCAGUGAAGUUAAAACCACAUAUUUGAUUGGUGCCUAAAUAAAGAGAUAAGUUGAAGGUUUAUUCAUUUUUUCUUUCUUUUUCAUUUUAGAUCAGAAGAGUUAUUAAUACUUAUUAAACUUGGAUAAAAGUGUUUCAAAAAUCGUGACUUGAUUUUAUGGUUUUCUCUAAACUUGGUCUCUGAAAUGUUCUUGCUUUUCAAUUUGUUGCCAUAUGGUUAUGCCCUAUUUUCCAUAUUAGAUUGUCAUUGAAAUAAACAGCACAAUUAAUAAAUAACUACAUUAAUGGUCUGAGGAAAAUCAGUAUUUAAUCACUAAAAUGCAAUGAUCUGAAUGGGAGAUACAUCCCUAAUGCUUUUAUAAAGUCCAUGCUAACAACAGCCAAACGUAUACAUGAUUAUUCAUGUUAUUCAUGUGUGUAAAUGUUGGCUACAAUAAUAUCUUUGCACUGUACACUCCGAUAUAAUCUGCAGAAAUAAAAAAAAUAAGUAAACA